CAGCUGGUUGGUUCGGUUUCACUUCCGGGUCAGCUGGUUGGUGUCUGAUGACAUUUUAGCGAAAUGCUUACCUAAAAAAAUCUGAUGUUUAUUUUAUUUUUCCCUCAGUUGCUGUGGUUACCGUUUGAAUCCGGAAGUGGCCUUGUACAACAAUAUUUCCUGGAGAAACAUGGCCGUGCAAAGCUGGAUUGAUGUCCUAAAAUCAUCAAAGAAAACAGCCUUGAUACACGAUGGAAAAAGAAAGAUCCACUACCUCUUCAAAGGCGGUAAAGAAAUGUCAGAAGAGUAUGACUUGAAAACAGACGAGCUUCUUGUGAGAAAGUUGCGAAUGGACAGCACACUUGGGGCUCAGGGCCAAUGGCUGGUAGAGGUCGGAGAGCCAAAUGCAGUACCUGUCGCUUCUGUAGAUUCAGAAGUGAUCAAAGAGAACUGCUCCAACCCCGUGUUCAUGCGUAAAGACACAAAGACCAGUUUUCAGUGGAGAAUCCGCAACCUGCCCUACCCCAAAGAUGUCUUCAGUGUCACUGCAGAGCCAUCUGAGAGAUGCAUUAUCAUAAGAACCUCAAACAAAAAGUAUUUUAAGAAGUUCGAUAUUACUGAUUUGGAUCGCUGUCAGCUUCCAUUAGACGGCUCCGCCCUCAGCUUCACUCAUGCCAAUAACACUUUGAUUGUCAGCUACAAGAAACCCAAGGAGAUCUUAACCCUCGAACAGGACCUACUAAAGGAGCUGAAAAACCUGAAGGGGACCAGUGACGGGGAUGUGGACUGCAAAACUCAGUGAAUCUGAACUGUUGGAGUGGGUGAAUAACUCUGUUAUUUGCAUUUAACGGCGUACUCCACUUUGUCAUUUUGCAGUCACAUUUGGGCUCUCACUUAUAAGUGGAUCGCUGCAUCAAGAAGCUCUUUUCACUGCUCCUUGUCCAUGUUUAAAUGCUCGUAUUGUGUUUACUAAUUGAGAUGCAUUUAUAAGGGCAGUUUGUGUUGAAUAAAUUCCUGCCUUUUGUAUAUGAUAUGAAAACAUUCAGUUUUAAUAUCCCCCACUCUAUGCAAUCUCACAGACAUUUCUCACUUUGUAGCUGAGCAACAAAUGUUUCCUCAAAUUAUUUUUCUCACAGAAAAGUUCAAUUAAGAAAAUUAAAAUCUGCAUCACAGAAAUGUCUAAUUUUGCUUCUUGUUACCAAACUAUGAACCUUUAUGAUGAGGGUCACAUAACCUACCAGCCCCCCUUUCAUGGAUGUCCUUGUAAAACACUCAAAACACACAAUGCCUCAUCCCUGUUCGUUCCGGGGUCACUGUUACCGGGACAUCCCAUUUGUGUUAACUGAAUACCCUCAUGUUCCCUGCAUGUAGUGGGCCACCCUGAAAGCCAUUACUGAGACUCUGGUCAGUGAGUAAGCGAUAGUGUUACUGUUUCCCCUCACAGCAGAGUGUCACCCUGACCCUGUGGUCUUCAAGUACACACACAUUGAACAAAUAGGUGCAAUGACUUUUGUUGCUAAUUCAUUUUAUGUUACUAUCUCACAAAUAUACAGAUGGUACUUCAUGCGUUUGAGUUUCUUUAAAUUACUUUUGAGUCUGUGUGGGACAUGCACAGAAAGAAUUGUGUCGUUUCAUGCUUCAAAAAUAAUUGACUACUUUUCCACAAAAUUCAAUUAACAGCACAGAAAACACUGUCCAGUCAGAAAUACUUAGACAGUGGAUAAAAAAAGAAUGGUGCUUUUUUAAAAGAGACAAUGGCAUUUAAAUAUAGAUGGCUUCGACCUUGUGAUUCCUUGCAUUUUUUUACCACUUGUCCAAACCCGGAGAGCAAGUGCAAAAAGCACAGACAAAACCACAGGUCUCUCUCACUAUUGUGCUUUGUCUCCUUCCAGAUGGGAAGAAUAGGAAAACAUUUGAAACCUACCCUGUCUUGUUGUGUUGCCAAUCCUGAUUCUUUUACUUUUGACGAAAAUAAACUCACAUUGUUUGGUGCUUGA